AUGCGAAUUUACCAUGUUCCAGUGAAAUCCUUGAGAAAGUGCGCCAAGAAACCGUUCGAUAUCCUGUUUCACAGAAGAUUAUCCAAAUGCUUCGAGUGGACGAAGAAAGUUUUGCCCGAGGAUCUAAAAGAAUACUGGAAUCACAAACUGGAACUUAGUGAAAUCCAAGGAAUCAUUCUCAAAGACCAAAGAAUGCUAAUACCACUAGCCUUGAGAAGAAAAAUUCUGGACAAAUUGCACCAAGGUCAUCAAGGUAUUGAAAAGACGAAGCAACGGGCGAGACAAUCAGUUUUUUGGCCACGAAUCAAUAAAGACAUUGAAGAUUUUGUAUCAAAGUGUUCUCAUUGUCAAGAACUAAGAAACGCUAAUCCCGCAUGCAGUUCCACUGUACCCAUGGCAAGUUGUCGGAACGGAUAUAUUUCAUUGGCAGGACAAGGACUACCUAUUGGUGGUGGACUACUACAGUCGAUAUUGGGAAGUGGUCAGACUCAGAAGUAUGAAGGCUGA